AUGGGACAAAAGAAAAAAAACUUUAAAAAACCUAGUUUUGAGACAGGCGACGAUAAAUAUGAUAUGCACGGUGGCAGAAUAAAAGCAAUAAAGACAUGGGCUGAUGUCGAACACGACUCAGAAGACGAAUUCAUGGAAAAUAGAGAAAUUAUUUCACUUGAUCCAAACGAAAGAAACAAUCAGCAUGAUGAUUCUGAACUUUCGGAGGAAGAGGUUCUUGCUUUGCCAUCAGACGAAAACGAAGAAGAGGAUGAAGAGGAGGAGGAUGAUCAAGAGGAAGAUGAGGCGGUUGAUGAUUCUGAUGAAUUAGAUCUUGAUGUAACACUUUCCGGCAGUGAUCAUGAAAUUGAAGAUUAUGAUAAAGAGCCUACAUUAGAAACAUGGGGAAAGUCAAAACACGCCUAUUACGAUGCUGAUGAACUCUCAGAUUUUGAGGAUGCAAAGGAGGAAGAAACAGAGGCAUUAAGACUGCAAAAGAAAAGAAUUAGCAAGAUGUCUGAGGAAGAUUUCGAUGAUGAAAACGAUAGGCAGCUAAUUGAAAGUGUCAAUCAAGAUCUUAAAUCAAUUUCUUCAAUAAACGAUCUCCAAGAAGAAAUAUUAGUUUUAAAAAAAAAUAAUGCUUCCGCGGAUGAGAUUCUCAAAGUCAUAAAGAACAAUUCACCAGAAUUGUUAGAGCUGGCAAAUGAAUUUCGCGAGAAAUUCGCAACUGUUAAAGAAGUUUCUUCUAUUUUGGAAAAAGCCACAGAGAAGAAAAUAGUAGAGAAUCAGAAGAAAGAGGAUAAUCAUGCUCACAAUUUCCUGUCCUUGAAAUAUCAAACGUUGAUAAAUUACCUGAUGAAUAUAUCUUUUUAUUUCGUUUUGAAAUCGUCGGCGACACCCCGGUUGUGGCAGCAUCCUAUAUUUAAUGCUCUGUUAGAAAUACGAAAGGCUUUAGAUAAACUUGGAGAAGUCGAAAAAGAAAUGCAAGAAUCGAUCAAACGAUAUAUAAAGAAAGUUGAUGAAUAUGAGACUGUUAGUGGGAAAGAAAAUGAUUCAAUACCUAAGCGAUCAGUCGCUAUCAAUUCUCUUAAUUCAACAGAGAAACUUCCCUACAAAUCUGCGUUGAAAAAACUAUCACCUUUACCUGCCUCUAAAACUUCUUUGUUGCUAUUAGAGGACGAAUUUGUUAGUUUACAAGAUGUCAAGAAAAAGAAGCGGAAAAGAAUGUCUUCGGACCUUGGCGAUCUGGAUGCUAUGGACGAAAUAGACGCCGAAGAGAAGGCACAAAAGAAAAAUUCGUUACGACAAUAUGCUGCCAAAAUCGGCCAGAACGCUUCUAAGCGUCUGAAAUCGAAUCGGUAUACGGGUGAUACUGAUAUUCCAUAUAAAGGCCUAAAUAAAAAGAAUGAUAUACAAGCAGUAAGGCAGAAACCCAGUCCGGGAGCUGAUUUAGAUGACCUCGAGUGGGACGAAGAUGAUAAAAAAGACUCGCAUGGCCUUGGUUCUCAAGACUCUAACGAUUACUAUGAAACGAUAAAAAAGGCUACAGAAUCAAAGAAACUUGAAAAACGAAAACAAUACGAAGAUCAAAAGGAACAGCAAAGAAACAAUAUAUCCGAGGAUUUCGAUAAUUUGCCUGAGGGUACCAAACGACAAAUCAACUACCAAAUUCUCAAGAAUAAAGGAUUAACACCAUAUCGUAAUAAGGAUCAACGAAAUCCACGAGUCAAGCAUCGUAAAAAAUAUGAGAAAGCCAAAAAGAAAAUCAAGAGUGUCAAACAAGUUGUGAAGUCACAGGGAGGCGCAUAUGGUGGUGAAAAGACUGGUAUAAAGAUAGGCUUGUCGAGAAGUAUAAAACUAUCUUGA